UGCGUACAUCUUCUUCAUCUUUUCACGCCUCUCUCUCUGUAUUCAGAACCGCCAUUCCAGUAGCUCAAUCUACCACCAUGGCUGAACAAGAAUUAGAAAUGGAGUUAGAAGAUUAUUCACUGAAGAAGGAGAAGAAGAAGAAGAGAAAGAGGAAACAACCCAUUGAUUUGAAAAUAGAGAUGGUGAAAGAAAAUCAAGAAAAGAUAGCUCCAUUAGUAGGUUAUUUUCCAACUGGUUAUGACCCUCAUAAGAAGGCUCAAGAUGAUGGUAAUGGUGAUGAUGUUAAGGUUUACAGACAUGUUAGACGUUCUCGUUUAGAGCUUGUUGUUAAACCUAAAGGAUCCAAGGUUAAUUUUGUUGGUACUAAUUAUUCUGGGGAAGCUGAAGCUCCUAUAUCCUGUCAGUAUGCUCUUGGUGUUUUCGAUAAGGAGACGCAAACUCUAAAAAUCGUCAAAAUUGAAUCCAAUAAGAUUUUUAGACUGGAACCGAAGUUCGCAGGCAAAGAUAAAGCACCUGACGAAGCAAAGGUUGAAGCAUUAACCGCACAAGAGAGGGCAGAGAGAUUGAAUGAUCUUACCAUGGCCCUCGGAACAAAGAAGGCUAAAAAGCAGGUCAGAGAGAAGGCUAACCUGAACAGAAAGGAAAAUGAAGAGACCCAAAAACAGAUGGGAGAAAAAAUUAAGAAGCUUAAGGUCCUGGCAAAUGCCACGGCAGGUGAUAAUUCAGAACCUGCUCGUAACAUCCCGUACCAUGAUACUACUGCUGAAACGCCAGAAAGAGCUUAUCCUAUAGAGAAAAUUAUUUCUAAAGGGGAAAAUGAAAUCCUCCAAAAAGCUCUACACUAUCUGUUCUACACGGAAAAAGUAGCACUCGAAGCUUUUCCAAUUUUUGUCCGCAAUCGGAUACAGAAAAUGAAGGAAAUCGAGGAUGAAACGGAGAGACAGACUCUUGGUGUCAUAUUGUCGUAUAUGACGCACCUCAUCAAGUUUAAGGAUAAACAUUCAGUAGACCAUAAAGCAUCUGCAAAAGACCACCGAAUUCCAGAGAUGUUACUCCAGAGCUUCAAUAGCAAGUUCAAAGAUGCAGAUGAUGGUGGAAAGAAGAAACGCGAAAUGUCUGGUCCAAAGAAUGAUCUCCUGAUAAGCCAUGUGUUACUACUCAGUCUCAUGGUGGACGAUUUCAACUCUAACCCAACUGAUAUCGCCCAGGACUUGAGGAUGACGACGUUAAAACUGAGACCACAUUACUUGAACUUGGGUGUCAAGAUGGUUGGCGGAAAAGGGAAAGGAAAGAUCGCACAAGCUACACUUCCUGUUCCUCUUAACUUCCCUCCAAUGGAGCAACGCAGAAGGAAAAAGGGUCGUAAAUAUUAAGAGACGGAAACUAAAUCCUAGGUUUCUCUUGUUUGCUGCUGUGUGUUACCGCAGGACAUCUUGUUUUUUUGUUACAGAUAAUGGACCAUCAUAUUGUUAUCUGUCUUUCACCGAAACUUGAUAGAUAUAUCUAGCUGAAUUCAGAUUAUUGUUAUUGUCCUUUUAAUCCAUUGAUUCUUCUUGUUUA